AGAGUCAUGCGUGCGUGUGUGUGUGCGUGCGUGCGUGUUUGUGUGUCGUAUGAAUUGUGGCGACCAGCGAAAAUAAAAAUAAAUAAAUAAAUGCACAUUGCGACCGAGGCGGCCCGUGUGUGCAGAUGCCAGAUGGUGCACUUGGAUGACCCCAGCGGAUGACCCCAAAAGCAACGAUUGACCCGUAGCAAUUCGGAGGAGCAACAACAACAACGGCGAACGGUGAACCGAUCGCUGCCCCGCACACACACGCACACAAAGGUGGUAAUCCGAACGCAGAGAGACGAGAGAGACACGCACAUAACGGUACCCGCGCCCAGACAGGAAGUAGCGAAUAAUUGAAUAUUCCAGCGGCGUACAGCAGCGGUCAGGCGGAUAGUUCCACCCCAGCAAUGGCCACGGGCGGCGGAGGCGGUGGAGGCGGAGGAAGUUCCCCCGGAAAUGCUGACCACCACAAGCGCAACACCUUCACCAGCUAUGUGGCGCCGCUGCCGGGCGAUCUGCGCGCCACGGCGGACACGAAUGAAUGGUGCCUGCCCAGCGAUCUGCGUGACGUGCACCUGGCCAAGCCGCGUCUGCUGCAGGGCGAGCAGAUCGUGGCCUCCGCCCCGGCCUACAUGUAUUCGGCGAUAGAUCCCAUGGACAGUAGCGGCUCCUCCUCCUCGAAUUCCGGGGGAGAUCCCCACAAGGAGGCCACCUUUGGCCUGCUCAGCGUCACCAAUUUCAAGCUCUCCUUCGUGCCGCUGCACUCGAAGCGAAAUCCUGCCGCAGCAGUUGCCGCCCCCUUGGUGGAUCUCUACCAGGAGAACGCCUAUCUGGGCCGCAACGAGAUCACGCUGAACAACAUCGAUCACAUCUACACGAUCGCCGAGCUGGGACGGGCGGCCAGUGCGCUGCAGGCGGCGCGCGGCAUGGCCAGCCAGCACGGGAUGAUCAGCAGGCGCAAGAAGCUGGAGCCUUUCAAGCAGCAGAAUAUCAGCGGCAGGAUUGCCGCCUUGCAUAUUGUCUGCAAGAACUUUCGCCUGCUCAAGUUUGCCUUCCAGCAGCAGGAUUCGAAGAUGUUUGGAGCCAGCGAUCAGGGCAAGCUGAUUGCCUCGGCCUUGGUUCGCUUUGCCUAUCCCAUGCGGCACGAUCUGAGCUUCGCCUAUGCGCACAGGGAGCCGUACUACUCGACUUUAGGAGCCUCCGGCACCAGCAUGUAUGCCACGAAGAACGACUGGGCCAGGGAGCUGAUACGCUGCGGCGCCACCGAGUGGCAGGUGGUGAGCAGCGCCAGCGUCCAGCUGCUGCAGAAUCCCCUCCAGGCGGGCAAGUACUCCGUGCCGCCGCAUUUCGUCAUACCCAAGAGUUGCGGGGUGGAUCGAUUUCUUGACCUUUCGCGCGCCUUCUGCGAUUCGCGUGCCGCCUUUUGGGUGUAUAGCUACGGCAGUAGCGCUGCUCUGGUGCGCCUGGCUGAACUGCAGCCGGCUGCCCAGCAGGACACCAAGUCGGAGAACGUGAUGCUCGAGCUGGUGCGCAAAUGCGAUGCGGGCAGGCAGCUGAAGCUGCUGCAGCUCACGGAUCGCCUGCCGAGCAUUCAGGAUGUGCUGCGUGCCUAUCAGAAGCUGCGGCGUUUGUGCACCCCUGAGACGCCCGAGAAAUUCAUGCUGCAGGAUGACAAGUACCUGGGACUGCUCGAAAAGACCAACUGGCUGUUCUAUGUGUCGCUGUGCCUGCGCUAUGCGAGUGAAGCCUCGGCCACCUUGCGCAGCGGAGUGACCUGCGUGCUCCAGGAGUCGAAUGGCCGCGAUCUGUGCUGCGUGAUCAGCAGUCUGGCGCAGCUGCUGCUCGAUCCGCACUUCCGCUCGACCGAUGGCUUUCAGUCGCUGGUGCAGAAGGAGUGGGUGGCCCUCGAGCAUCCCUUCCAGCGGCGACUGGGUCACGUUUAUCCCGCACAGCCUACUAGCAAUUCCGAACUGCUGGACAGCGAACAGAGCCCCGUGUUCCUGCUCUUCCUCGACUGCGUGUGGCAGCUGCUGCAGCAAUUUCCCGACGAGUUCGAGUUCACGCAGACGUAUUUAACCACGCUUUGGGACUCGUGCUUCAUGCCCAUCUUCGACACCUUCCAGUUUGAUACGCAGGCGCAGCGUUUGAAAGCGGUUCGCGACUCGCAGCUCGUUUUGCGGCCCGUUUGGGACUGGGGCGAGCAGUUCUCCGACAAGGACAAGAUGUUCUUCAGCAAUCCGCUGUACCAGCGGCAAAAGGGAGAUAGGUUUCUCGAGGCGGCGACGGCUCAUCGCAGAUCUCUGGCGGUGGGACAGAAUAGGGGCACUGGAUCUACAUCUGCAUCCACUCCCUCCCGCAACACCAUCAAUCCGCAGCUCUUCGCCACGGCCUGCUCGGUGCCGCAGGAUCGCUUCCUGCAGCCGGCGCACCGGAUCUUCGAUUUGCAGGUCUGGGAUCAGUGCUAUUAUCGAUGGCUGCCCAUCCUGGACAUUCGUGGCGGUGGCCAGCCGCAGGUGGAUCUCUUCCAUCGCUUGCUGCUGAGCAAUAUUGCGAAGAUACAGCGCUGUUUGGAGUUUCAGAAUUUCGAGGAUUUGCCAGAGGCCUUCUAUGAGUCCACCGGCGAAUCGCGACCCAGUCAGCAGCAGAGGGAUCGGGAGGAGAAGGAGGAUGAAGCCGAGUUCGUGGAUGGAGUCGAAAGGCGAAGGAAGACAAAGGCGGGGACGCCCACCAAUGGCCUGACUUCGAUGAGCGGGAAUCUGCAGCUAUCGACGCUUUCGUCGUUCUUCCCCUUCGGCAAUCCCAUCGCCGGCGAGGCACCGCAUCAGCUGUACGACAUUUUGAGCAGCAGCAGCGAACUCCUGAUGGAGACCUCCUCCUUCCUGGACAAGUCCUCCAUUGUCUGAUCCACACACUUGUCCGCCUUCAACGCUGAACUUUCCAAGUAUUACACAAAAAAAGAGAAACCAUUUACAGAGAAACCCCCUGGCAUAUCGCUUUUAACACCUUUGAUUAUUGUUAACUAAUAAGCAAGUUAUGGCAUAAGUUUUUUUUAUUUCGUUUUACUACCACUAAACUGCAUAAAAGCGCUGCAUAAUAAUAACAAUAAUAAAAACGGAGUAACACUGACUAAAUAAUAAAUAACAAGCAAUUCAUGUGAAACGAAUUCAAGCCGCAAAUCAGCAAGAACGAAGCGCAAGAAAACACCAAUUAAAUCAAUAUGUAUUAUAUUGUAUGUAACUUAAUAUAUGAAAAUAUAUCUAUAUGUAUAUUUAAAUAAAUCAAAAUUGUAAAAUCAAA